UUCGCGCGCCAUAUUCCGGCCGAGCGUCACCUUUCCCGCCGGUUUGUUGUUGCUGGAAGUUGUUUGGAGUCAUUGAUCGCGGUCUCUAUGUUCAAAUUGAACAUUCUUAAGAAUUUGACAAUGGCUACAAGAAAUCCAAGUCUACGUAGUUACUCACCUAAAGUGAAAAGCCUCACAAUAGGCGACAAGCUGAUUUUGUACGGCGACGAGGCGUCCCCGCCCGUGCGUUUCGUUCAGAUGACAGCCGCCAUCCUCGGCAUUAAUCUCGACUUCCGUAACAUCAACCUCUUUACUGGCGAAAAUACGACGGAGUUCUACAAAAAUAUUAAUCCCCUGCAAAAGGUUCCGUGUCUAAUGACGCACGACGAAGUGCUAGUGGACAGUCAUGCGAUCGCGCUGUAUCUGUGCCGGCGUUGGGACACUGAGCACGUGCUCUACCCCCAAGGCGACCUCGCACAGGCACACUGCGACGAGAUACUGUUCUACAACGCCACCACGCUGUUCCCCAUCGACAGCGACAUUUACACAAAAUUUUUUGCUGGAAUUCCAGCUAGCAAAGAAAGAGUUGAAGAUUGGUUGAAAGCGCUGGACUUCUUAGAACAUAGACUGAAAAAUCACGCGUGGCUUGCUGGCGAUAAAAUGAUGCUUGCCGAUAUUUGCGCGGUGGCAACAAUAUCAACAGUGCUUUGUUCAAUACCUUUAGCAGAUCAUCAUGUUAAACUGAGACGCUGGCUAAAUGAUAUUGAGCAGCAACCUUUUUUUAACAUUAACAAGAGAGGUCUGGAGCGUUUGAUGAAGUUUAUUACCGCAGUUAAAGUUGGCAGAUUUCAGCAAGGAAGAGACGUUGAUCAAAAUUGACCAUACUCUGUCAAUGGAUUACUUGCACUGAAUUAUUUAUGC